AUGUCAUUUCUAAAUAGCACCAGCCUAACUCCAUCUUCAUUCAUCCUAAAUGGCAUCCCUGGGCUGGAAGGGGUGCAUUUGUGGAUCUCCUUUCCCCUGUGCACCAUGUAUAGCAUUGCCAUCACAGGGAACUUUGGCCUCAUGUACCUCAUCCAUACUGAAGAGGCUUUACACAGACCUAUGUACAUCUUCCUAGCCCUUCUCUCCUUCACAGAUGUGCUCAUGUGCACCAGCACUCUGCCCAACACCCUCUGCAUAUUGUGGUUCAACCUCAAGGAGAUUGAUUUUAAGGCCUGCCUGGCUCAGAUGUUCUUCGUACACACCUUCACAGGGAUGGAGUCUGGGGUGCUCAUGCUCAUGGCCUUGGACCGCUAUGUGGCCAUCUGCUACCCCCUGCGCUAUGCUACUAUCCUCACUAAUUCAGUCAUUUCGAAGGCUGGGCUCCUCACUUUUCUUAGAGGCAUAAUACUUGUUAUCCCUUUCACUUUCCUCACCAAGCGCCUUCCAUACUGCAGGGGCAAUGUCAUACCCCACACCUACUGCGACCACAUGUCUGUGGCCAAGAUAUCCUGUGGCAGUGUUAAGAUCAAUGCCAUCUAUGGUUUGAUGGUUGCCCUCCUGAUUGGGGGCUUUGAUAUACUGUGCAUCACAAUCUCCUACACCAUGAUCCUUCAAGCAGUUGUGAGUCUGUCAUCAGCAGAUGCUCGACAGAAAGCCUUUAGCACAUGCACUGCCCACAUCUGUGCCAUCGUCAUCACCUACGUGCCAGCCUUCUUCACCUUCUUUACACACCGUUUUGGGGGACGCACCAUUCCUCCACACAUACACAUUAUCAUGGCUAACCUCUAUCUUCUCAUGCCUCCCACAAUGAACCCUAUCGUGUAUGGAGUGAAAACCAAGCAGAUAAGAGAAAGUGUCAUUAGGUUCUUGUUGAAAGGAAAGGGAAAUUCUCAUAGCAGUUAA